UACAUUUAUCAAUCAAUUGGCCUGUUACACAAACGAUAACCGAAAGUAUUUUUAUCACCGACAAGCAGAUUACAGAACCGGGGAGUGUCAUAAGCGACACAGCUGGUGAGUUACUGAAGUUGAAGUGUAAAAACUUGGUAGCUACCAUUAGCUGGAGUAAUAAGCGUCAAAAAGUCAAGUGGCUAACGCCUUACUUUGCUAACCGGGGACAGAAACUGGACGUGUCGGGCUCAGCUUAACCAUGGCGGCUCUGAAAUAGUAGCGCUGCCUGACACAGUGAGUACAGCUGACAGCCAGCACCGGGUCCUCAGCUUAGCGCUCAGUUUUUUUACACUGAGCCGCAGGAUAACGUUCGCUAGCUCAUGCGGGCGGUGCUAGCUUUAGCAAAACAAGCACUGCGCUUCUGGAGUCAGCUGACAGCCCGCUGCCAGCCGCCGACACACCGGGGAUGGAUCAACUGAAAGUGAAGGAUCGGAUAUUGGAAAACAUCUCCAUGUCCGUGAAGAAGUUGCAGAGUUACUUUGCAGCUUGUGAAGAUGAAACUCCCGCUAUCCGCAAUCAUGACCGGGUCCUGCAGCGGCUCUGUGAGCACCUUGACCAUGCUCUGCUGUAUGGACUGCAGGACAUCUCCUCAGGUUACUGGGUCCUGGUCCUUCACUUCACCCGUAGAGAGGCGGUCCGUCAGAUAGACGAGCUUCAGCACAUAGCAACCAACCUCGGUCGAAGCCGUGCUUGGUUAUAUCUAGCACUGAGUGAGAGCUCUUUAGAGAGCUAUCUGCGCCUCUUCCAGGAGAAUCAAGGAUUGUUACAGAAGUAUUAUUUCAAGAAUGCGCUGGUCUGCAGUCAUGACCACCUUACCCUGUUUCUCACGCUGGUGUCUGGUCUGGAGUUCAUUCGCUUCGACCUGGAGCUGGAUGUGCCCUAUCUAGACGUGGCCCCCUACAUGCCAGAGUAUUACAAACCUCACAACCUGCUGGACUUUGAGGAGAGACUACCGAGUUCAGACAGCCUGUCACUGCACUCCUUCACCUCUCUCACCUCCACCAACCUGGAGUGGGAUGACAGCGCUAUAGCUCCGUCCAGUGAAGAUUAUGAUUUUGGUGACAUCUUCCCCGUGUUGCAGUCAUUGCCAAGUGCAGACUGGGAAGAGGGCGAUCUGACCGACCAGGCCAGCUGCCCACGCUCCAGCGGCUCGGACCCCCAGACGGUCAUCAGCGACACGGUCGUCCUGUCUGGAACCGUGAAGGCAAAGGGAGCGACUCACCUCUCGCCACCCAGCCCCACACUCAGACACAACCCCUUCAACGAAGACUCGGACACCAACACCUCGGCCGACGUCACGCCGGUUCACGUCGCCAGCCGGCAGAGCACCAUCACCCCCACCAUGACCGCCGCCGGAGAUGAAGCCGAGGUCAACGGCACCGAGCUGGAGGUCAUUCGGAUGGCCAGACGAAGGAAACCAGCCAAGAAGCGGCGUGGGAAAGGCUCCACAGAUUCCAGCAGCAGCAUCCAUAACUCUGUUUCCUCUGAGCACAUGGAAAUGGACUUCACCAUCCUCACCACAGAGGACAUCGACGCAGUGAACGGCGUUGACAACGUGCAGAUCGAUAACAAAAGCCAGUCCAGAAGCAGAGUGGGGUCACAGGUGCUGGAGGAAGACGGCGCAGACGGGGUGGAGGAGCUUCUGCGGCUCCCGGAGAUGGCGGACACCUCCAUGGACAGGGUCGGUCAGCCCCUCCGAGACGUCAUGGACCGGCUCAACGGUUCUCUGGAUCGGGACGAGGCCUGGGAGCGCGCGGGGGAGGAGGAGGAGGGGAACGCAAAUGGCUGCGACCAGAACUCCGAGCCUCCGACGCAGCAGCCCUUUCGGGAGGAUCUGGCAGGCGAGCCGCCCGACUCCGCUCCAGGAGAGACGCCUGGCUCCCCUCUGGCCGCGGGCGCCGCUCUUCCUGCGGACGUAUGCAGCUCUGCCCCCAACGGUUCAGACGCUGCUCCCACAGGUGGUGGCCGCCAUGACUCUGCAGAGCAUAGCCAGCCAGAGACUCUUCCAGGUGGCUCUGAGGAUCAAGAAGAAGCAAAAACGCCCACAGGAGAAGAGCCAGAAAUAACGGAGGGCGGCGGAGACGAAACGCACAAAAGUACAUUUACAGCGGAUGAAGAGGAACAAAAACAACAGGAGACACUCAGUCCCUCUGAAAUCUCUCAUCCUGCAGAGUUCAAGGUGGACAACAAUCACUUGCUGCUUCUGAUGAUUCAUGUGUUCAGGGAGAAUGAAGAGCAGCUCUACAAGAUGGUGAGAAUGAGCACGGGCCAUAUGGAGGGGGACCUGCAGCCACUUUAUCUGCUGCUGACUGACUGUUACAUCUACCUGCUGAGAAAGGGUGCAGCUGAGAAGCCGUACACAGUAGAAGACGCUGUUUCUUAUAAUGAGCUGGACUAUCUCUCAGUGGGCCUUGACCAGCAGACGGUGACGGUGGUCUGCACCAACAGACGAAGGAAGUUCUUGCUGGACACAGCCGAUGCCUCACUGACUCAGUGGUUCCUGUCUGUUCUCAAGGCAGCCAUGGUGAAAGGCUGCCGGGAGCCUCCCUAUCCUUCUGUUCUGACCGACGCCACCAUGGAAAAACUGGCUCUCACUAAGUUUGUUUCUCUUGAGUCUCACUGUGAGGUGUCUGAAGUGUCUAUUCAACUCUAUUCCUUGGUUCACUGGGAGGAUCCGCUGGACAUCCCUUCUUCUCCACAAGGUUUCUCAAACUAUGGAAUACUGUCCAGCACAAAAGAAGGGACUCUGCAGUACCGGGCAGGAACGACGUACCUGGGCAAAGAGCUGUGGAAGAGCUGCUACCUCGUUCUCAGUAAUGGGAUUCUGUACCUGUAUGCGGAGAGAACAGACGUGACCCCUCUGCAGUCGAUCACCAUGGGAGGAGAGCACUGUGGAGGCUGCCGCCGCUCCAACAGCACAGAGCGUCCGCACGCAUUCCAAGUCAUCUUGACCGAGCGCCCCCCGCUGGAGCUCAGCGCAAACAACGAGCAGGACAUGGCCGACUGGAUGCAGCUGCUCUGCCAGUCUGUUUCCAAAGGGGUAAUUCCUCAAGGCGUGGCCCCGACCCCUUGCAUCCCCUGUUGCCUGGUGGUGACGGACAGGAAGCUGCUGACGUGCCAUCAGGACUGUCAGACGAGCUUCUUCCGUUCACUGGGCAGCGCGGACAUCUGUGAUAUAACCGCCGUCUGUCUGGAGGCUGACAACGAGUACUGUGUUAUUGAGUUUGUGACCGACCGGACUCAGUUCCUGCCUCCGUGGGUCCUGUACUUCAGCGGGUGUGAAGAGAGAGAUCGACUGCUGCAGGCGUUAGACAGCGCAUGGAAAAACAUUUUCCAGGUCAGCCUCCCUCAUAAAGACGUCUGUGAUCCGCUGGUGCAGAAGCGCUGCGGCGAAGCCCUCUCCCUGAUGAAGAGCGCCUGGCAGAGGGCAGACAGUCUGGCUCGAGGCCGAUCCCAGCGCGAGCCCUGGUGCUGACGGACACACGGAGCACCGGUCUGACGCCGCUCCAGCACACGGUGUCAGGAAGCGUGGUGGACCUCACAGACUGCGGUACUCCAAACUGUUUAGAGUUCAAAGGUUGAAACGCAGAGAUAAAUCAAUGGGAUGCAGCGUGGCUGGUGAAACACUCGUGAUUCUGAAAUGUUUCUGAGAAACUUCCUGCUGCAGGAAGCAAUGCUCGGAGCACGUAACGUUGCAUCGAUACAAGUUAUUGCCCGGCGGUCGGGUUUGUCGGUUUCUUUUGGUCACGGUUCAACGUAAAUAGCAGCAGUGUUAGAUGAAUAUUUACAGAGUGCACAAAGCGCACAAAAACUGGUAAUGCUCUCUGCUCGCACAAUUCACACAACUGUGUGACGCUAAAUCACUCCUUGUUCACCAACAUUUAUAGUCUGUUACACUGAAGCCUAACUGUGGUGAAGCUAUUGAGUCGUGUCUCAUUAUACGUCCUCAUUUCAUAAUCAGUAAUGACAGUGUGUGUGUGUGUGUUCGUGUGUGUGUGUGUGUGUGUGUGUUCUUACGUUUUGGUCUGUCUAAAUGUACAUACCUCUACACUGAAUACACAAUAUGCCUGAGAUGUCUGCCUUAGAGCUGCUUUAUCUGUUGGAAUCAUUGUCAUGAAGCUCAAACUCUAUCAGGAAAUGCAUCCGACUUGCCUUUUUCCCCACCUUGUAGAGACAAGUGGAGGUUUCCAUGCUGACUUGCACAUUUGUGUUAGGUUUUUUUUAGUUUUUGUCAGCCUUUUUUUAAUGGUACCGUUGUGGCUUUCUGCUAACGUGCACUGUUGAAGUUAAAAAGUGGGAACGGUUGUUAUUAAGUUAUUGAGUAGUGACGACGUAUUGAUCGGAGUGUGUACUUCAGUGUGGGUGAGUUACUAAGAGUUCCAGAGUAUGUGAAGAAUCUAUUACUGAUGGAGAGCGACAAGUUGAUUUGUUCCUACCUGUUUUUUUUUUUCUUUUCACCAUUGGUUUGUUUUUUAUUGCGGUCACACUUCCAGAUUACAGAACGCCUUUUUCUUUUCUUGUGGCGGCCCACUGGCUUGUAACAUCAUCCAGUAUUCAAAUCUACGUAAAAGUUCCGUUCAGUAAACGGUGCAUCAAGCGCAAACUGUCCCUAAAAUGAACCCUUAUUGGAGGAUUUAGUUCAGACAAAUGUGAGACUUGUUUUGCUUUUAACAAUGUUACCAUUUUGAUUUUAACAAGUCAGAUUCCCACGGCAGUUUCAACUACAUUUUAAACCCUUAAACAGUAACCCCCACUUUUUGUAGAGGCUACAGGUUUAUGUGAGUCAUUGGUUUGUCUUUUUUCAUGCAGCAACUCCUUCUUCUCAUUUGCACUAAAGACGUAAUGAAAUUCCAGGAGGCCUUUCUCUUUCUCAUCGGCUCCAUCAAAGCUAAUCUUAACGCUUGCAUCUUCGUUUGAAUGCUCAAAAAAGGUCCUGAUCUGCAUAAACAAGUGCUUCUGAAGCAUGAUAGAAACUUCUGUUUGAAAUGUUUGUACCAGAUAGUUUUAAUGUCAAGGACUGAGUCACAUUAACUUUAAACUACCUUACUUUGAAAGAGCCAUCACAGACCUUCGCAGUGACCUGGUUGUUGCUUUCUGAUGUUUCCCAGUGUGAAGGUGUCGUGCCUUUGGGUCUUUUUACGCAAGGAUUUCGCACAAAUUGGUAAAAACGAUUGAUGGAUGGUGCUGUGACAUUUACAGCCUUGUUUUUUUUUUUUUUUUUAAGCUAUUGACGCUUUUACAACUAAGGAACUGCAAUUAAAUAGAAACCAACUACUCAGUAGCAGUAAAUGAUAUAUAAAGCCACAGUUGAUGGGAAAUUGUUUUGCAGUCUGCCCAUUUGGCAUCGAAUGACUCUUUACAAGAGCAAAAUGCUUUUACCCACAACGUUCAUUCAAAGCAUUUUUGUUUAUGUUUAUGUUUUGUUUACGUUUAUGUUUCUGUAAUGAGAGAAACAUUUUAACCUGUACGUCACGGUGCAAAGCCGAGACGUUCCAAAGCCACGAGGCAGUCGUGUUGAAUGUGUUACAUGUGGAAAUAUGGCAAACCCUGAAAAAAUAACACUUUAAAAGAUGAAAUUCAUUUCAUGGAAAGUAGAAUGAAUUGCUCCGUGCGUAGAAGAUGACACCAGCCUCAUUGUUUUAAAAAUGCACUUCACAUCAUUUAAUAUCGUAGCCAUACUUAUUCUGUAGUCCCAGCUUUGUAUCGGAAUACAAGAAAACAUUCAAAAUCCCUUCUUAGCGAACUGAACUGUAGAAAAAGAACUUUAUUUUAUUUGACGAAAGGUGAGUGUUGAAUAUGCAGAAGUGUCGAAAUCCUCCCCAGCCCUCCAUAUAACUCCAGGUGUGUGUGUGUGUGUGUGUGUGUGUGUGUGUGUGUGUGUGUGUGUGUGUGUGUGUGUGUGUGUGUGUGUGUGUGUGUGUGUGUGUGUGUGUGUGUGUGUGUGUGUGUGUGUGUGUGUGUGUGUGUGUGUGUGUGUGUGUGUGUGUGUGUGUGUGUGUGUGUGUGUGUGUGUGUGUGUGUGCUCGUGACAACGUUUGGCUUUUCUGCUCGUACUGUUUCUACUGCAGGCAUCCUCAGUGCUUCAAGCCGUUCAAGUGCCGCUGAGUUCAGCGUCUUCUGCUUCUUGUUUGACAGAACAAUCUAAUCUCAGGUGAAAAAAGGUACUCUACAGCCAAACCUUAUAGCUCACCGUGUGUGUGUGUGUGUGUGUGUGUGUGUGUGUGUGUGUGUGUGUGUGUGUGUGUGUGUGUGUGUGUGUGUGUGUGUGUGUGUGUGUGUGUGUGUGUGUGUGUGUGUGUUUUAUAGCAGCUGUUUUGUCUAAUACAAUGUUUUUUUUUAAUUAAUUCCUCCCAUGUCCAGUGCAUCAUUAUGAAGUUGUUGGUUUUUUUUUGUUUUUUUUUUGCACACAUCAAGGAGAAGUACAGCACGAUAUCAGUUGUUAGAGAAAAAAAGGAAAAAGAAGUUUGUAUUAACUCAGUGGAUUUCAGAAUAGGAUUGUCUGUCAGUGUGGUGGAAAAGCCUUGAAGAUGUAUCGACCUGGGCGAGAACCAAUGCAAUAGCAGGACUUACUUGAAAUGUUGGUUGGACGUGCUGUGUCGAAGUUUUGGCCUCUGGAUUGUAAAUAUAAAGAAAGUCCAAGUUUGUCUUUCAGAGCAGUGUAUUGAACCUGGAGCAUUGCUGGCCAAUGAUGGAUGGCAUCUUUUACCGGAUGCAUUUCGGUGGUGAUUUGGUUUAUAAAUAUGUACUGCAUGUAAUAUAUGUAUUAUGUUCAGCAGUUUUAUUGAAAUGUAAAUAAACCACUAAUCGGAAAAUAAACUCCCGCUUCAAGACCUGCGUCUCCUGAGGAUUUUCUACUGUUGAUACCUUCCAUGAAUGUACAAAUAAAUCUCUGAGUUGGACAGUAUCGUGGAAUAAAGUGGAGG